AUGGCAGAAUCAGUAGCAGGGGUAGAGAAAGAAAUGCUCAAUGAUAUUCCAGAAAAAUUUGCCAGAAACAUGAAAAAGAAAUUACCUCAAAAUAUAACCGUAAUAGGUCCAAGUGGUGCUAUGUGGAAUAACUUUUGUGAGAGGGAAUCUUUAUAUUUUCUUAGAAAAUGUGGAGUUUGUGGACAUACAAAACUAGAUAUUGGAUUCCAAACAAAGAGAAACACGGGGGAGAGUCCUGUUGAAGUUGGACAUGACUCCUCGGAUUGGUUCAAUUCCAAAUUCCAUGCUACGAAAGAAGGAUUGGUUGAGAGCUAUCAUCUGCAGAAUGUAUCCACCCGAAGACCUGUAAUGGAAGAGGAAAAAAGGAAUGCGCUAAAAAUGGCACUUGCAGCAUCAACCCCAAACAGUUUUAGAAUAGUGAUGCGACCCUCACAUAUAUACAUAAAUUUCUUCAUGGCUAUAUAUACAGAUAUGCUGGCUGAUAUGAAAAACUUCAAUCGUAGAUAUUUUUUGAAGUAUGAUCUUGACUGA